AUUUAUGAGUAUUAUAAGUAUGAGUUUGAGUUUUGAAGGGAACACAGCAAAUCGUUUAGGAAUUGUCCCCUGUUCCUGUUCGUGCAGCUCUUGGAUGCAACAGCUGCACCGUCUCAAAAAAUCUCAGAAGUGGGCGUGCAGCGUACCUAAUUAUAAUGAGAAACCCACUUGGAACCGCUGCAGCUGUUAGAGGAAAUACCAGAAAUGACCUGAGCUUUUCACACAUAAUCCGCAUAUCGAUGACCUUGUAAAGGCCAACUUAAUGAUACCUCUGCAAUCGGGUUGCAUGACAAGUCCCCUGAUAGAUGGGGCUAUAAAAGAGCCAAGGUCUGCCACAGAGGCUCAUUCAGUUCAAGGAAGGACAACGCUUCGCAAGUUCAGUUCAGGGAAGGACAGAAGUAGCUCAAAUAAUGACAUAUCUUUGCUCAGAGAUGGAUAAGUUCAUGAAGUACGCCAACUUCUUCUAUACGACCGUUGGUUUUGAAGCCUACGCCACCGCGUCCCGACCGCCGAAAGACAGUCUUAGGAACAGGAUCGUGUUUUGGGGGAACUUGGUGAACCUGGCGAUUGUGGGAAGCGGCGAGGCAAUCUAUUUCUACUUGGCCAUCCGUGCCGGAAACCUUCUGGAAGCCGUCACCGUGAUGUCCUACAUUGGUUUCAUCAUCGUUGGCGUGAGCAAGAUAUUCUUCAUAAUGUGGAAGAAGCCAGCUUUGAGCGCUAUGGUGCAAGAGCUUGAGGAUCUGUUUCCGCGCGGAAAGGUGCAGGAAGCACAGUUCCACCUGGAGGACUAUCUGCGCUCCUGCUCGCGCAUCAGCUUCAACUAUGGUCUCCUAUAUUUCGUGCUCAUCUGGACCUUCAAUCUCUACCCCAUCAUGGAGCUGAUUGUGUUCGAAAAGUGGCUGAAGAUUCGAAUAGUUGGCAAGACGCUGCCCUAUCUGAUGUACGCUCCCUGGAAGUGGGAUGACAAUUGGUCAUACUAUCCGCUGCUGGUCGCCCAGAACUUGGGUGGCUACACCUCGGCAGCGGGACAGAUAUCCACCGAUCUCCUGCUCUGCUCUGUGGCCACCCAGGUGGUGAUGCACUUUGAUCAUUUGGCGAGGUCAAUGGAGAACCACAACCUAAGUGGCGAUUGGCCGGAGGAUUCUCGUUUUAUUUCCGAGGUAGUGCGCUAUCAUGAGCGGAUUCUGCGGCUAUCGGAUGUCGUGAAUGAUAUCUUGGGAGUCCCUCUGUUGCUGAACUUUAUGGUCUCUUCGUUUGUGAUCUGCUUUGUUGGUUUCCAGAUGACAGUGGGCGUCUCCCCCGAUAUGAUUACCAAACUGUUCUUGUACCUUGUCUCGUCGAUGAGCCAGGUGUAUCUGAUUUGCCAUUACGGACAGAUGGUUGCCGAUGCGAGCUUCGGCCUGUCUGUGGCGGUGUACAACCAGAACUGGAGCCACGCCGACGUUCGGUAUCAACGCGCCCUACUCCUCAUCAUAGCCCGAGCGCAGAAAACUACGCAUCUGAAGGCCACCAUCUUCUUGGACAUUACCAGAUCCACCAUGACCGAUCUCCUUCAGAUAUCGUACAAGUUCUUUGCUUUGCUCCGCACCAUGUAUGUCCAAUAGAGACCCCAAAUCCCUAAAACCUUCUCCAUGCACCCACUUCUAUGCUUUCAAAAGCUCAGCGCGAACUUAAUUAUGCGUCGGCAUGAGCCUUACACACACAUGUCCAUCGCAUUGCUGCUUCAACACACAGGAAAAAAAGAAAAAGAAAAACGCUGCGUACUUUUUAGCGGUCGCUGGGUGACGUUGAAAAGGCAAUUCUACGAGUACUCCGCAAUGCUCUGCACUGGAAAGGAGAGGAAAUAUCGUAUGUGGGCUACAACAGAAAAUUGCAAAGUAUAUUUUACGCUUCACUGCACAAAAGUUGUGCUUAUGAGUUUUCGCUUGGUUAUUACGCUCUUUGCAGGAGGGUAUUUGAGAAUUUAAGAAGGGUUUGCCUGCCUCCUAUACAAGGAAUAGUUAAUGUGGGGAACAGUGUAAGACUUGGGUUCAAACGGAUCGUUUGUG